AUGAAAUGUCCAAGAUCAGGACGAGGCAGUGUGGGUGCGCGCGCGCAACGGAACCAGUCCUCGGCGCACUCUGACAAAGCUAACAGGAAAACAUCAUGGCCUUCUGUGUGAUCUUGCUCUUAGGUAUUCUUCUCAAAUGCGAAGGCCUCGAACAGUCAAGAAGUCAAAACUGGUAUCAUCAUCCACCAGCAUUAUCUAACUUGUCUAUUAAUUCAACCAAUUCCGGAGAAAACGAUAAGGUGACACGAAACAGUGAAACAAAUGUAACCCAAGAACAAAUCAAUAAGACAGGAGAGCUUUGGAAGAUGACUACAGAAGAGCUUUGGAAACUUCGUUUUCCACAAUGGACACCAGACGACUACGACUUUAUGCUUUCAGACAAUAAGGCAGAUAAUAAUUCAAAUCAAAAUUAUGAAUAUCCGCAGAACAUUUCCACUACAGGAAGUACUUCAAGCUAUGACAAUUUUAAUAUAACUGUACAACUACGGCCUGUAGCUGAUGGUAUAUCGGUUUCUGGUGACAAUUGGGGCCUUCCUCCAGAGUUCUCAAGUACAUCCGUCACAAACAUUCUAAUAGGAGAUAAACUAACAUCGCUUCAAGCUCCUCUUCUGCAGUUUCACGUGGGAGUAUACAGCAAGGCGUUUGAACCCUAUAUGCAGAUAUGCGGUGGAACACUAGUUACUACUGAAGCAGUCAUAUCAGCGGCACACUGCUUUUGGAGUGACGUGGAGGGUGCGCUGCCUGCCUCGCAGUUUGUAGUAGCGGCUGGCAAACUCUACCGUCCCUGGAACGACAACCACGAUCUGUAUGCGCAGAAAUCUGAAGUAUUCUCUAUAAAACUACCGCCGCGAUUCCACGGAGCGGUAACCAGCUUCCAAGAUGACAUCGCCGUGGUGUUGUUGGAUACCCGGUUCACGCAGUCACCAGCCAUCCGCCCGCUCUGCGUGAAAUUCGACGAAUAUCUUGAACAGAACCAUCUGCGAAGUGGAAAACAGGGCGUGGUGCAAGGCUGGGGCCUGACUGCAGAAAACGGGCCGCCCGCGCAAGCGCUUCAGUACCUGUACAUGCCGUAUGUGCCUAUCGAAGAGUGCAUUGCCAGCUCCGAGCCCAGCUUCCUCAAGUACAUCACUAGCGACAAGAUCUGCGCGGGGGUUACUACCGGAAAGGCGCUGUGCCGGGGCGACAGUGGUGGUGGACUGGUUUUCUUCGAUUAUUCCACCAGCGAGAGGGUACCAUUCCUAUUCGGGAUAGCAUCCACCGCUCCGCGUAACACGCACCUCUGCAACACCCACGCACGCGCCACGCUCACGCGCGUACUCUCACACCGCCUGUUUCUGCGCACACAUAUACCGGACAUAGAAGAAGCUUGCACUAACAACUACGUCACUUUAGCGAAGGAUACGGAAUAUGGUUCGUCAGAAGAUAGAACUGCAGCAACGCAGCCACCACCAGCGAACAUUAAAUUAGUUUGUAACUGCUACUGCAAUAAUACUUCGACACCUUAAAUACGUAUCAAAUAAUUCUUCUAGUUUUAUUUCACAUGCUGCAGAUAAAAUCCGUUUUUAAACAAGUUUUCAUGUUUCUCUAGUUAGAUUAAUAGAUUGUUAACCAAUGGAUGAAAGGCACUCAUUCCAAAUCAAAGACACAUAAUUAUACACCGUGCUUUUUUGGUUUCCGUUAAAUUCGUCACGUCGCGUUGAAUUGAAUGAAUCAAUAAAUGUGAGAAAACCUUAAGAAUAAUAUAAAAGUUAGUUUCAAGUAUCUGAAGACACGUGUAUGUUUUUUCGUGUAACAACACUAGUUGCAUGUAGGUACUUAGUAAUAAAUUGUAUUUGAUCUAAAGAACCCUCCCUUAAAUUUGACGGAAACCAAUAAAAACAGGUUGUAUAUUUUAGUAGGUAACAAGUUGUAAAGAAUCAAAUAUUCGCAACUCAGGACUCUUAUUCGAAUACAAAAAUGGAGAUGUGUUUGUUUUCCUCAACUGAGCACCACAGAGCAGGUAACUGUGACUUCUGUUGUUGCACAUGUACAAAGUUGUACAAGUUGCACGGACAAAGUGCCAAAAAAGGUACGGUGGCCUAGAUGGCAUUACACCUUUGGGGUACGCUCAGCUAGAUGGCGCUAAUACUAAUAUUUGACAUUUUAACACAUAUCAAGCUAAGAAUAUGGGCCAAAUUGUCAAAACUGAGGAUCAAAAGUUUUAAGUUUCAAGAGAUGGCAGUCUAUGCACUGUGAUUACACUUUUUCCUUCGACAGUAACUCUCUAUGAUACUCGAUCCUAUUUGAUAUUACUUAUGAAACAUUUUUUUUUUUGUUGUUUACCCAAACUUCACCUAUAUUUAAACAUCAGCUACUCGUAAUUGAUAAAUCUGUCACGACCGACCCGAAUAAGCUAAUUUCACUAGUAAAGCACUUAUUCAAAGUUAACCACACACGGCCUGUCCCUCCUAAUGGCCUUAUGUUGUUUGAGGCAAGUUCUAAGCCCUAAGUUUCUGAGAUCAAUGAACCUUUUUGUUGGGGCUUAUUUGGGUGUGAUCAUUAUACUCGCAGUAUUGUAUUGUAUACAAUGUAGGACUUAAGUGUUGAAGUAAUUUUGGAGACUCGUGCAACUCAAACCCUUGCAAGGUUGCUUAAACUUACUAAUAAUGUAAGCGGAAAUAAGCUGCCUAAGCAGCCUUGGAGGAGGGCCCGCAAGGGCAACGCUGACGGGGUAUCGGAGGCCUACAACCGAGUGCCCGAAACCCCGUCCAAGCAGCGAGCGGCGGAACGCCCCAGCGGGUUUAGUCCAUGCGAGUCGGACGUACGCACUAGCUCCCUCCCGGGCCGGUGGGAUCCAUAAAGGAUUCCCCCUCUCUCUCUUCUUAGUCGUAUACUCUUGUCAGAAUAGUCGUGGUCAUUGGGGUCGUUAUGCUGCCUUUUUAAUGGUUUCCCGCCAUAUUGCUUUAUUUGCAGCGUUCCGCGCGCAGAGAUUUAAGGGUGACCCGGUGAGAGCCCUCACUUGGUUUGUCCAUCGCAUUGAGGGGCACAGUCUGGGUCCUGUACCGCCCACUCUUCUCUGAACAACUGCAAGUCUCUCUAUGGUCAUAAAAAAGGCAUGCAAGUUAUGGGUUACAAACACUUAAAACUAACAGCAAUAAGCUUAUAUGUAACUAAAAUCAAUUAAUAUUAAAAGAUGUGGGAGUGGAUAAUGGACUCGAGGUAGCGGGCUGCAGUGGCUAAGAUUAGGACCUUAAGCUCUGUCAGCGAGAAAAUUUCAAGAGUGGGAUUAUAUAACAUUAUAAAUUAUGUUGUUAAUAUGGUUAAGUGCAACAUAUAGAGGACUAGAAUGUAAGUACUAGAUCCGAAAAGUAAAGAAAAUUACGCGAUUAAUUGUAAAAUUAAAAAAAUGUAAGAGUAGGUCUGUGAAAUACUCGUAUCUUACGCUGUAUUAUGAAAACAUGAAUAUUAAUGCUCUCCUGGAUCUCACUGAAGAAUUACUCGUCUGCAAAAUGUGUGCAUUAGAUACAUUUUGGCCUACGAAAAUUUGACCACGUCUCUGCUUUCCGCUCCCAGCUUAAGUGGCUGCCCAUCCGUCGCCGUAGGGACAUCCAUAUUCUGUCUCUUCUUUAUAAUGUUUCGUUUUCUCCCUCGUCCCCUCCUUAUCUCUCAGAACGUUUUAAAUUUUUGGCAGAUGGCAGUGGGCACCGGUUUCGUUCCAGUGCGAAUCUCACUCUAGGUAUCCCACCCCACAAACAUCGGUCAUAUAACAAAUCGUUUACGGUGUACUCCGGUCAAACUGUGGAAUUCUGUACCACCUCCUCUUCGACAGUGUCAAUCGGUCGCAUCACUGAAGUCGAAUCUAAAGAAACUGUGGCUAUCAGACGAAAACUGAGAUAGGGAUGGUAUGCGGUUUUAGAAAGUAUUAUAGAUAUAAAAGAAUAAUAUGAUAAUAUAAUAUUUAUUGAUUAUUUAUAUAUUUAUUAAUACAUUGUAUACUGCAUGUUAGAGUAAGAAAUGAAAAAUGUAUAGUUAUUAUUUUGUAGUUUUUGGGCCGUUUUUGUAUUUUGUGGAUGUCUACCGUCCCAAACUCUCCCUCAAUUCCUCAAAGCUUAACUGAAAGAGAUCCCUUAAAGGAAUAAGUUCGCCUUUGUACUGGAGUUUUUUUUUUAUAUAUUAUGUGUUGUAUUUUUUUCUUGUACAAUAAAGUGUUUACUUACUUAAUUAAAGUUGAAAUUUACCCGCAAGUAGAAAUUUUCCUACCCGUAAUUUUUGUAAUAAAUGUAAUUUCAUUUUC